GCAAGAAAACUGAACUGCUUCUCUCUCCUCUCUCUCUCUCUCUCUCUCUCUCCAUUUCUCGGGAUCCUUCUCUUCUCUGUUUCUUCCAAUCUUCUACCAUGGUGCUCGAGGCAACGAUGAUCUGUAUCGAUAAUUCAGAAUGGAUGCGAAAUGGUGACUAUUCGCCUUCCAGGUUUCAAGCUCAAUCCGAUGCUGUUAACCUCAUUUGUGGAGCUAAAACCCAGUCUAAUCCGGAGAAUACAGUAGGAGUUCUCACAAUGGCAGGAAAAGGGGUUCGUGUUUUAGUCACUCCUACUAGUGAUCUUGGCAAGAUCCUAGCAUGCAUGCAUGGUCUAGAAAUAGGUGGUGAGAUGAAUCUGGCCGCUGGAAUUCAGGUGGCUCAGCUGGCUCUUAAGCAUCGGCAGAACAAGAAGCAGCAACAAAGAAUCAUCGUCUUUGUUGGAAGUCCCAUAAAGCAUGAGAAAAAGUUGUUGGAGAUGAUCGGAAGGAAGUUAAAGAAGAAUAGUGUAGCACUUGAUAUUGUUAAUUUUGGUGAAGAAGAUGAUGGAAAGACUGAGAAGCUAGAAGCUCUUCUUGCUGCUGUCAACAAUAAUGAUACCAGUCACAUUGUUCAUGUUCCACCUGGUCCAAAUGUGCUUUCCGAUGUACUUAUAAGUACGCCUAUCUUCACUGGGGAUGGGGAAGGUGCAAGUGGUUUUGUGGCAGCAUCGGCAGCCGCUGCAGCUGGAGGUGCAUCUGGUUUUGAUUUUGGUGUAGAUCCCAACCUAGAUCCAGAGCUGGCCCUUGCUCUUAGAGUUUCUAUGGAAGAGGAGAGGGCCAGACAGGAAGCAGCUGCUAAAAAGGCUGCAGAGGAGGCAGCUAAGCAAGAGAAAGGAGGGGAGCAACCCUCCAGCUCACAGGAUGCAACUAUGACUGAGCGUGCCACAACUCCAGCUUCUGGAGCGGACAAUAAGGCAACUGAUUUAAUGGACGAUGAGAAUGCUCUGCUGCAGCAGGCCCUUGCAAUGUCAAUGGACGACCCUGCCUCGAGUCAUGAUGUGCGAGACACAGAUAUGUCUGAGGCAGCUGCAGUUGAUCCAGAAUUGGCCCUAGCUCUUCAAUUAUCAGCACAGGACAGCACAAAAGAUUCCUCUAACCCAGCAGAUAUGAGUAAGCUGCUGGCUGACCAGUCUUUUGUGUCUUCCAUCCUCGCCUCGCUUCCAGGGGUUGAUCCAAAUGAUCCUUCAGUUAAAGAUUUGCUUGCUUCCAUGCAAAGCCAGUCAGAGACUGACAAGAAGAAAAAUGAAGACAAAGAACCGAAAGAGGAGGAUAAAUAAGUGUCUGAACUCGGAAAGUUUUCCGUGCCAGGUCAAAGAGGCUCUCCAGUGUUACACCAUUGAAAUUGAUUUUAUUUUUGGGGGCCUAUUGUUAACUAUCAUUUGUCUUUGAUAGUGUUUCUUCAGACAAGCAGGGACUAUUAUUCGUAGGGGGAGUAUCUGGUAAAAAACAUUGAAAUGUAUCUCUGCUUUGUUUCAACGUCUCUAUAUACCAUUUAUUUUGAGAAUUAUGCAUUCCUCUGCGGUUUUUGGUCUAUGAUGAUUUUUAUGGCUAAGACUGCUCGGACCACAUCUUUCUCAGUCUUA